UUUAUUCAUUUAAAAUUGACACAAAUAUUUAAUACACUUGAGGAAAUUCCAACCAAAUAUGGCUUUCAAGGAAAUUUCAAUGUUUUCCAGUCUGGUGAUGGUCGCCAUCUUAAGCUACAGUGCAAUAGAAUGCAAUGCAGAAWCAUUUGAACCAUUAUCAAACCAAGAUUUAUAUACAACAAAAAGCUAUCUUUAUAAAUUGGGAGAAGCUGAAAUGAACUUGAUGGACGAUUUGCAGGCAUUGAACGACAUGAAAACAGAAUAUUUUGAUAGAAAAGUCGAAUUUCCUGCUGUAGAAAGAGCAAGAAAUGAACUUCUCAAGUCCCAAAAUCAGUGGUUCAAAUAUGUUAUACAAUAUAUUGCGGCAAUGAAUGAAUUUGAUCCCACAAUCAAUUAUCAAACCAAAAAUCGAUACCAAAACUAUGAUGACUUGAUAAAUUAUAAAGAUAACCUAGAUGGUACUCGUGCCAAUCUUUACAACCCAGCAUUAAAUACUCUACCAAACAACUAAUUAUAGAAUAACGAUUAAUGUAAUAAUGUUUUGUUUUUAACUAGAUGUAUGUUAUUGUUUUUCUACUAAUCAACAUAACCUAUUUCGGUUUAAAUAAAACAAAUGAAUCAUCUUUAAGUA